AUGGGAAUAAGCGGGUUACUUCCUGUCCUUCGAAAUAUCAUUGAGCCUCGCCACGUCAGUAAAUAUGCCGGCAAGAAAGUUGCAGUAGAUACGUAUAGCUGGUUGCACAAGGGCUCGUAUGGUUGUGCGUUGGAGCUAUGCACUGGCGCUCCGACAGACAAGUAUGUCACCUACUGCUUGGACCGGGUGAAGAUGCUUCUUCAUUACAAGGUUAUUCCGGUCAUGGUAUUUGACGGCGCGAACCUCCCAUCGAAACAAGGAACAGAAGUUGAUAGAAAACUUUCUCGCUUGGAGAAUCGCUCAAAGGGAAUCCAAGCGCUAAGAGCUGACAACCGAUCUGCCGCAAUCGAAUACUUUCAAAGGGCUGUGGAUGUGACACCAGCUAUGGCCUACAAGCUCAUCAAGGCCCUGCGGAAGCUCAACGUGGAAUGUAUCGUCGCACCUUAUGAGGCUGAUGCUCAACUUGCGUACUUGAAUCUGCAAGGGUAUGUAUCUGCAGUUAUCAGUGAGGACUCGGACAUCAUUGCAUUCGGGGCUAAGGCAGUUCUCUUGAAAAUGGACAAGGAUGGCUACGGAGAAGACACUUGCCCUAGAUAUCGCCAGAAAUUGCUCGGAGCUUGCUCAACAAUGAAUUUGAGUGGUUGGGAGCCAGAGCGUUUCACUCAGAUGUGCAUAUUUGCUGGUUGCGACUACUUAAAAUCGUUGCCUGGAAUGGGAAUCAAGAAAGCUUAUGCUGCAAUCAAUAACAUCGGAGGCCAAAGGGCUCCAUUGGAUGAGUGCUUUGUGCGGGCGAUCAAUAAGCUCCGAUUAGAUGGAACCCUAGUCCCUUCGGAUUAUCUCAAGGAUUUUGAAAGAGCUUAUCUUACUUUCCAAUUUCAGAGAGUUUUCGACCCGGAAAAGCAGAUGCUGGUCACUCUGAAACCUUUGCCUGAGGUUCGUGAUACCUCUUUUAACCAUCUUGAUAUUCAAGCUCCUCUGUUGUCUUCAAGGCAAAAGCAUCCCCUGGCAGUUCUGGAAGCGCAUUCUCUAACGCUAAAGUUGGCAAGUUCCAGAGCUCAUUGA